AUGGAAGAGUUUCAGGUCCUUGAGGAUGAAAGGCCUGUGGAUGUCACUGCCCGCCCGAACACAGAUAGCCUGAACAUAAGCUGGAUCUUACCCAAAGGCCGUGUGGAUCAGUUUGAAAUACUGCUCGGACAGAAAUCAAGCCAGACCACUUCUUCCUGGAUUCUUUUCACCAACUUAUCCCCAGGACAACUGUUCCCUGUCACUGUAAUUGCCGUUGCCGGAGAGUUAAGAGCCAGUUCAAAAAACGCAACGUUUGCCACUUAUCCACUUCCACCUGAGCACAUCAACGUUUUGGACAGAACAAACUCCUCACUUGACCUGAGUUGGGCUGUUCACCCACGGAUGCUGGAUGCUCCCAACAUCAGUUACAACAUUACCUACUGGGAAGAUUCUGGUCUGCCUACUGGCCGGGCCUCAUCAGUGAACAAUAGUACAACUCUGUCAUUUCUUCAUUCUGGAACGCAGUAUGAUAUAUCAGUGGAAACCGUGGGACCACAGGAUCUCCUCAGCGAAAAUGUCACAAUCAGAGCUUGUACAAAUCCAAAUCCAGUUUUGAAUCUCAGGGCUUCACCGGAAACCAACACAUCAGUGAAAGUUGAGUGGUCCUACCCACAGGACAACAAGCCACAUUACUCCUACAUCAUUUUGAUUCACCACAACGAAACCAAGAGUGUUGUCAGGAAUCAAACUGUCAAAGACAACUUUUCUAGUAUAACAGAACUGGAUCCAGGGACAAAAUACCAGUUUGCUGUUACCAUAAUUUUCACACCAGAAUGCCAGUCCACACCAGAAGUGUUCUACAGCUUCACAAAACCCAAUGCUGUGUCAGACCUUAAAGUCCAGACUGAGAACACUACAUUCGUCAAACUGAUCUGGUUGAACCAAAUUCAAUAUGGCAGCCCGUCUCUUUACUUGGUGCAAACUUAUCAAGAAUCUGAUCUGAUCUACAAUGACUCGACAGUCGCACAGUCCUACACCAUCCCUGGGCUGACACCUGGAGAAAUAUACACCUUUACUGUCAUAGUGGAGGUAGAAAACGUCCAGUCUGAUGUGAGGAGCAUCAAAGAUCAUAAGAUGAAUCCUGCAGCUGUCACUGACUUACAAGUCUCAGGAAGCACUACUAAUCUGACAGUGAGUUGGACUCUGGCUGAUGGGAGAGUGGAUAACUACGUAGCCGUGCUUUACAACAAAACUCAACAAGUUCAAUCUGAGCAAAACCUCAGCAACAACACUUCUGGCACAACUUUCACUGAACUGAGACCAGGCCUGGAGUAUUGUGUCGAAGUGUCCGCCAAAAGAGGAUCCUUGAAAAGUAAUCGUACUGAAUGCAAUGCAACUUUCCCAAACCCACCAGGGGAAAUGAACGUGAGUCAAACUGAGAGAUCCAUACUGUUUACCUGGGACACUCCUGAGGAUAUGGAAGCAGAUCAGUACUAUUUCACGGUGACCACUCUCAUCGGAACCAACUUCAUCCAAAACAACUCAUUUGCCUUGGAGGACCUGGAGCCUGGAAGCCCCUACAACAUAUCUGUGGCCACUGUUGGCGAUUACAACUACACCAGCAAGAAAGUUACAGAAACCGCUUACACCAAACCAUGUGCUGUCACUGAGUUGCGACAAACUGAAAUCACGGUCGAUUCUGUCACGUUGAUGUGGAAUCAGACGGACUACAAAUCAGAUUAUUCCUUUUUGGUGGAAGUCAGUAACAUCUCCAGUAAAAUCUCCAGUAACAUCUCCAGGGACUUCACGUACACAGCGGAGAUGCUCAUUUCUGGCACUAACUACAGCUUCAGUGUCACAACUCUAACAGCAGAUGGCACUAAAGCUUCUUCAGAGACUGUGUCCUACUUCACAAGGCCUUACAGUGUUAGGGCUUUGACUGCAAACCCAAACACCACUUCUAUUGCUCUGACGUGGGACCAACCACAGCAGUACAAACCUGAAUACACAUAUGUGGUUAUAACAUCCAGUUGUGUAGAAACGCACAACUGUACCAAAGUACGCGAAGAAUCGAUAGAAGUUUCAGAUCUCACUCCAGGAACAAACUACAGCUUCUGUGUGACGGUAACGGCUGCAGAUGGGACAGAAGGAACGCCGGACUGCACGACUCAGUACACCUAUCCGGCAAAAGCAGUUGUCUUCUUCAGUGAGGUCUCUAACUGUUCCAUGCAGAACUUGCGAGCUGGAAGAAAUUACACUGCUGUGGUUAAAACACACAGUGGACCUUACAACGUGUCGUCGGAACCUGUUACUAAUUCUACACUUCCUAACGCUCCAGGAGCCAUCGAUAUUGAGAGCAAAACCACCGGCUCCAUCAACAUCAGCUGGGAGGAAGCCCCUUUGAUGACCGGGGCCGAGUUCCAUUAUCUCAUUGAAAUUACACCUGGAGAAUUCAACACCACCCGAGAGACCAACUAUGAAUUUGAUGGGCUGAUGUCUGGGACGUCUUACAAUGUCUCUGUUACUACGGUCUCAGCUCUGAACUUCCAAAGUGAAAGUGUGCGGAGAGACAUGAUCACCACAAGACCAUUUAGCGUCAAAACCCUGAAGUCAUAUCCGAGUGAGAAGAGUGUUAAACUGAGUUGGGUUGAACCUGAUCAGCAUAAGAUCAGCUACAGAUUCAAAGUGACAGCUCUGAACUCCACCGGGGCCGUUAUCCAAGAGAAUACGACUCAGAAUCCACUUUACACCUUCAGUUCUCUGGAUCCAGGCACUUCCUAUAGGUUCAAUGUCACAACAGAGACCGCCGAUGGUACCGAGGGGGCGUCAGAGGAGACUUCCAACUGCACAGAUGCCAGUGCAGUGAAAUCAUUCAGUUGCAAAGCCCCAAAUGAUCCAAACGCAACAAUAACAUGGUUUUGGGAGAAGCCGAACGGUGGCGUUUCCAGUUUCUCAGUGCAGUUUGGCAAAGAUACAACUCACGAGAAAUGUUGUUCAUUCACAAAAGGAGAUCUUAAGCAUUUUACUGAUUAUACAGCAACAGUGACGACGCAGAGCUGUGGUAAACCCAGCGCAACCUUGAGCAAGACCUGCAAGACCGGAAUCACAGCUCCAGGCAUACCGGAGAACUACAAAUCCAUGCUGAGUUUAAAAAACGUGAAAUACAAUGAGUUCACAAUUGUCAUUAAUCCCAGUCUGCUGAACAACAGCUAUGGACCGAUCAAAUAUGUGGGAGUGUUAGUGACAGAAAAAGCAAAGGAUGUCAACCAAUCAGACGUGGCGCAGUACUUGGAAAACACAUAUGAGCAGUGGAAAGCCAAGACAGUAAAUGUGUAUUUGGCGUCAGUGAUAGAAACAGGGGAACAUGCGAGAACAAGAAGUACGGAAAAGUCUCUUGAGAUACACGUAGGAGAUGUAACUGUGUGGAACAAUCACUAUGACAACGGUCGCCUGGAGGCCAGCAAACAAUACAAUUUUGCUCUUGUUUUAUUCACCAAUCUCACAACCAGGAGUAACGAAUCAGUAAUAAAUGCUGAUUCGUCUCUCUAUUCAUACACUAAUUUUGACAAUGUUGCAAGUCUACCUCCAAAUCCAGUGAUUAUUGGUAUAGCGGUUGGAUCAACAUUGGGCAUUUUCUGUGUGUUGUUUUUUAUUCUGAUUGGAUUUAUCAUUUACUGGAGAAGGUUAUCAAGCAAAGAAUCGUCCGACAUUCAAAUACAUUCCUUAAGAGCUAAAGUGAGCUCCCCUGUGAGAGUUGAAGACUUUGAAGUGUACUACAAGAAACAAAAGGCAGAUUCUAACUGCGGUUUUGCUUCUGAAUAUGAGGACCUUAAAGUCGUUGGUACUGCCCAGUCCAAAAUUAAUGCCCUGAAUCCAGAGAACAAGCCCAAGAAUCGCUACAACAACGUGCUUCCAUUUGAUGCAUCGAGAGUAAAGCUUUCUAUCAUGCAUGGGAAUCCUAUUGAUGACUACAUCAAUGCUAACUACAUACCGGGUUACAACUGCAGGAAGGAGUUUAUUGCAACUCAGGGCCCGUUACCGACCACAGUGGACGACUUCUGGAGGAUGAUCUGGGAGAAAAACGUUCACAGUGUGGUCAUGUUGACCCGCUGCAACGAGCAGGGACGAGUGAAAUGUGAGCAGUACUGGCCUCCUGGCACCAGACACUACGGGAACAUCACUGUGACCACGAUUUCCGAAAUACCUCUUGAAGACUGGACCAUCAGGGACUUUGAUAUAAAAAAUGUUAAGACCGCAGAGACUCGCCAUGUCCGGCAUUUCCACUUCACAGCCUGGCCCGAUCACGGAGUCCCAGAAACCACCGAGCUUCUGAUCAGCUUCCGACAUCUGGUCCGCGAGCACAUGGACCAGUACAGACACUCUCCCACUGUGGUGCACUGCAGUGCUGGUGUGGGUCGCACAGGAACCUUCAUAGCCAUCGACCGCUUGAUAUUCCAGAUUGAAAGGGAAAAUGUGGUGGAUGUCUAUGGUAUUGUCCACGAUAUGCGCAUGCAUCGAGUUCUGAUGGUGCAGACAGAGGACCAAUUUGUGUUCCUCAACCAGUGUGCGCUAGACAUCAUCCGAUCGAGAACUGGCAACAAUGUGGAUCUCAUUUACCAAAACGCCGCCGCAUUCUCCAUUUACGAGAACAUCGAGCUCCAAAAAAGAUAA